AUGCCCCCAUCACGACGAUCGAGGCAUGUCUCAAGAGUAACAAAACCAAAAUCAACGGCGGCGGCACCAGCUACGGCUCGACGUACACGUUCCAGUCUUAGGGCAAAUACUAAUAAUCAAGAUGAUUCUAUCGAUCAAAACCCAUUGAGCUCUGCUCUAGAGCCAGAAGCACCAGAAUCUGCACUAGCGAUGACAGUUCCACAAAUAACCGCCGCUGCCGCCGUGCGGGUAAAACAGGAACCUUCGGGAUCUACACUAGCAGAAGCUUCGUCUUCCCGCUCUCAGCAGCUUAUUCCUACAGCUCCUACCCCUGCCGCUGCAUCCACCACCACACCCCUUACGGAGCUAGUCACAGACCUCACCGAAGUUGUCAGAGGCUUAAGAUCCGAGGUAUCCCAAUACCGUCAAGAAACACAAAUCCUGCACAACGAAACCCGCACAUCCCGAGCCGAAACUCGAGCUCUCAGGGACGAUUUCUACCGUUUCCGGGCCGAAUUCCGUGCAUUCCAAGGUGAGAUCGACGAGUUAGGCUUAAGAGACGAUAUCGACACGAUUAAAGAAACGACUUCGGGGUUCCAAUACGGACUAGAAGUUUUGGGAGAGAAUAUUCAGGCAUUGAAUGAAUCGAUGGUGGAUAUUGCUGAUUUUAGGGAAGAGGUUGUGGGGCUUAGAGCUGGGAUGGAUGAGGGUAGGGUUCAGUCUGAGGAUGCUAGGGAAUGGUUGGAUGGGUGUGUGGAGGUUUUGGAGGGGUUGACGGAACAGAUUCAGGAGAUUAAGAUGAUGCCGGUGACGGGGGUUGCUGCGAAUCAGCAGCAGAGGAAUGGGUAUUAUGAUCAGGAUGGAUCGGAUGAUGAUGAGCUUGAUGAUUAUGAUCGGGUUCGGGAUAAGGUUAAUAGGUUUGUGGAUGAGAUGACGGGGGUGUUACCUGCGGGGUAUAGAAUUUGCUUUUAA